CAGCAAUGUGAUACGUCCAUAUUUCAGGUUCCCUCCAGUCACCCCGUCAGUCAGCCUUCACCAUCGUUUCUCACACCAGCGGUCUGUCUACAAUGUCUGGAAACCAGGUAGCCGGAAAUCGAAAUAGCACUCCAGAGGUCAAUACUGCCUCCUCUCUCCGCCCACCUUCGACGAGGACCGUUGGUGCCGGACACCAUCUUCGAUCCUCAGCCGACAUGGCGGCUCUUUCUGCAUCCUCUCCUUCUAGCCGGAUCCGACCCUCGUCAGACUUCUACGGCCAGCAGAGCCAGGACUCGGGUAACAACGAGGGAGAUGCCCAGGACAAACUUGCACAGCAAUGGAUUGCCGAUAUCGAUCAAUACGAAACCACGCUUGAGGAGAUGGCUGCCGCCACCCUUGACCAAGAUUUCAAGGACGAGUUGAGUGCGAUCGAGCAGUGGUUCAGAGUCCUCAGCGAGGCCGAACGGACAGCAGCCCUCUAUGCUUUGCUUCAGCAAACCACCCAGGUCCAGGUUCGGUUCUUUAUACAGGUCCUCCAGCAAAUGGGAAAAAGCCACCCCAUGUCUGGAGUUCUCUCUCCCGCGAACUUCGACAAAGACCCCAUGUCAAACCGCCUAAGCGAUGCCAUGAGCAAGCUCAAUGUGGACUCUGCAAGAAAUUCAAUGGCCCGUCCGCCAGGCACAGUAACCACCAAGCGCUACUCAGGACUCGACGCGUCGACAAUCAAUGCCAUGUUUCCCGAUGCCGCGGCAGCUAUUGCUUCUGAAAAGGCGAAGUUCACACAACAGACUGGGAAUCCGCCCGCGUCGAAUCGAAACAGUGUCGCCUGCGAAGCCCGACCGGCGAUGGCGACACCAACCAUUGCAGCACCAACAAACUCUCACGAUUCAGGAAGUCAGUCCCAGGCAUCGGCCUGGAAUACUGGCGACAAUGCCAGGUCGCGGCCCAAGUCGGGUACCGGGCAAGGACAGGCUCCAAUGGGUCACUUCGUUCAGCCGCCCGCCUCCAGUGGCUUGAGAUCUCCCCAGGCCCAAAUCUCCAGCAACUCGAACACCAAAAGUAACAUCUUGACAGCUGGCGAUAAACCAUCAGACUUACCACUUCUGUCGCCUUACAAUCCAAGUGGAGGAAACUGGGCGUCGAUGGUGAACACUCCGCUAGUAGCCUCUUUCAAUACGACGGCUGCGAAUGCCAGUGCGAGUUCGGGAAAUGGUGGAAAAUCUGCCGGCAGCCAAGCUGACAUGCUUGCGAAUGCGACGGCGAUGAAACUAGCCGCACUCUCCACGGUUAACAACCGUUUUGCCUUGGAUGACGUACGAAAAUACCGACGGGCACGGUCCAACGAAGCGCCGGGCGCCCCAGGCCAGCCUGCUGUCCUUGGUAAUACCCCGACUGUCAGGAUACCGGGCACGAAUGUGGUCAUGAUCAACGAGCAUGGUCAGGUUCUUAGUCAAGAACAGAUGCUGAGUUUACAAGCCCAGCAGCAGACCGUGUCAUUCUCCGGUAACCGAUCUCGCCCUACCUCGCCAACGGUACCUAUCAAUCAUGGGUUCACCCACGUUCCCUUUGCGUCUCCUCAGAAUAAUGGAUUCCUGAGCGCAUAUGAUGCGCAAGGUUCGCUGUUGAAUAGCGGGAUACAGUCUCUGGCCGUUGCACAACUGGGGGCUGGCAGUCACGAGGGCUAUCUUUCCGACCACUCUGAUAUGGUACGCGGCCGGUCGCGGGGUCGCCGAGGCAGUUCGAAACCACCUGAAGAUCCGACCGACCCCACUUUGCUGCAGGACAUUCCCAGCUGGCUCCGAAGUCUGCGGUUGCAUAAGUACACCGAUAAUCUAAAAGAUACGAAGUGGACAGACCUGAUCGAGUUAGAUGAUAAGGCUCUCGAAGAACGCGGUGUGAAUGCACUUGGGGCACGUCGGAAAAUGCUCAAGGUCUUCGAGCAGGUCAAAGAGGCAAGGGCAGCAGGUAAAUUAUAAAAUGGACUUAUCCUAGGGUAUAUAUAUAGUAAAUAAGAUUCUAUGUCUGUAGUGAGCUUUCUUAUAAAAAUAUACAUAUUAUUUAUAU